AGAAAUUUGAAUUUCAUAAAUUAGCCAAGAAAUCGGGGAUUCUAAUCCAAUCUAUAUUUAAAAUGGAUGAGAACGUUUCCGUUUCAUAUAUACCUACAUCCAAGAUUUCUUAUAUACCCAACAUUUUGAUUCUGCUAUACCGAGGGUGAUCAUGCUCCAGGUAUGUAAUAAUUCAUAUCUUAUUUUCGUAUAUCUCCCCAACCUAGGGUUUUUACUUUUUAGUUCCUUCUCCAAUCCUUCCGGUCGCCUCCUUCCUUGCAUCUGCAUUCUUGCCCCCUUUCCAAUUCGUUACCUGUUGCUCGAAAAACAUGCGGUUCAUUGAUUGUAAGGUUCAUCAAAAACUUUGAAUCACUUCGGUUCUUUGUUUUUUUUUUUUUACAUCUUUUUCAGUUUUUUCGUUUGUAGCAGUCAUUUUUGUGUUUUUGAAGGAACCGGGGGAUAUGAGUGAUAGGUUCUUUGUGCCACAACGAUGGUUUUGAAGUCACCCUUAGUCCCUACAAAAACUUGAUUUAAGAAGGUACAACUCAAUGAUGCAUGUCUUACUACCCCAAGAGUACAAGUUUUUCUUCAUUUUCUGCAUCUACAGUGUAUAAGCUUCAAACACUUGGCAGUUCUAGAAGUCCCCAGCAGCGACAAGUUGAAUGUAAUGGCACACAGCAAGAAGAUUAGUGGAGAGUCAAAACAGGAUUCCCCUGAAAUGCUUCUUCCAUCACUGAUCAGAUCUGCAGAUGCCAACCAAAUUCUGGAUUUUGAUUUCAACCAAAAUGCCUCAAAUUCUCAUUUUAUGGAGCCCAAUGGAAACGAGAUUGAUAGCCCGGAUAACAUUUCGAAUCAACAAAGAAAACAAUCUGUUUCGGUUAACAUUCCACCUUCACCAGUCGAUGCCAAAAGAGUUUUGUUCAAAGAGGAACAUGAAGCAAUCGGAAUCCAUAGCCCGAAAAAUCCAGACAUCAUGUCCAACGCCCAUGAGCUCAAAUUUAAUCCACAGACGGGCUGCGGAAUUGAUGAGACGGGGCGGGGGAAAUCCCUGGACCAUCUCAUCCUCCCAAUAAAGAACACUAGGAUGGAUGGUUUGAAGGACAAAAGAUACAACUCAUUCAAAACAUGGUCGGGUCGACUUGAGAGACAACUUUCCACGUUACGUGGAAAAUCAUGUAACGCUCUAGAGAUAAACCCUCCCCAAAACCUUCAAGGGGAGAGUUUAUCUGUAGACCGAUACUUCGAUGCUUUAGAAGGACCGGAGUUGGAGACUCUUAGGGCUUCUGAGGAAAUAAUGCUCCCCGAAGACAAAAAAUGGCCGUUUCUUCUUCGUUACCCGAUCUCAUCAUUUGGUAUAUGUCUCGGUGUUAGUAGCCAAGCAAUAAUGUGGAAGCAUUUAGCCUCAACCGCUUCAACACAUUUCCUUCAUAUAAGCCUUAGAGUGAACUAUACUCUAUGGUGCAUAUCGGUCCCUCUUUUCGCAGUUGUGGCCUCAACAUACCUUCUAAAAGUGAUCUUUUACUUUGAAGCGGUUCGAAGAGAAUACUACCACCCGAUUAGAGUUAACUUCUUUUUUGCCCCGUGGAUCGCGUUACUCUUUUUGGCUAUUGGAGUUCCCGAUAGUAUCACUACAAAGUUGCCUCACUCUUUAUGGUAUAUGUUAAUGACACCGAUUUUAUGUCUAGAGCUCAAGAUUUAUGGGCAAUGGAUGUCCGGCGGGCAACGGCGGUUGUCCAAGGUGGCGAACCCGUCCAACCACUUAUCGGUGGUUGGGAACUUUGUCGGGGCCCUGUUGGGCGCAUCAAUGGGACUCAAGGAAGGCCCGAUUUUCUUUUUUGCGGUUGGGUUGGCUCAUUAUACAGUUUUGUUUGUAACAUUGUAUCAAAGACUUCCAACUAAUGAAACCCUCCCGAAAGAGCUUCAUCCUGUUUUCUUUCUAUUUGUUGCCGCUCCAAGUGUUGCCUCGAUGGCAUGGGCCAAAAUCAAUGGAUCCUUUGAUUAUGGCUCGCGUAUCGCAUACUUCAUUGCCUUGUUUCUCUAUUUUUCACUGGCGGUUCGUGUAAAUUUCUUUAGGGGAUUCCGGUUCUCAUUGGCGUGGUGGGCUUACACAUUCCCAAUGACCGGAGCUGCAAUCGCCACAAUUAGAUACUCAAGUGAGGUCUCGAACAUAGUAACCAAGUUGUUAUCAGUAACCCUGUCAACAGCUGCUACGGUUACCGUGACAGGGCUACUGAUAACAACAAUUGUUCAUGCUUUUGUGCUACGGGACCUUUUCCCGAACGACAUUGGGAUUGCAAUUAGUGGCCGGAAACCAAAAACACAACGGAAAUGGUUUCACCGGGGCACAUGUGGCUCAGUCAAAGAUGUUGAAGACCCCUUUAAAUCCGUGAGCUCCAGCGAUGAAAAGGUUGAGGAGGAUCCGGUAAAUGUAAACGGAUAUCAAUAAGAGUAAUGUAUCUGAUACCUACGGUUUGAGUUAUUAGUCAAAGGAGGAACUUAGUUUAGAAAAGUUCCAAUGAACUUGGAUGUAUAUAGUAUGGCUUUUACACAAUAUAAAAUAUAAGCAUGUUGUUGUUGUUUUGUCGAA